AUGUAUCCACGAGAUUCUGGCGAUGAUUACCAGCCACUUUGCCUAGAGGAAGUGCUUCGGAUCAAUGACCCUAUCAACGCUACUGCUGCUGGGCGCCCCCGCGGAGGAGCGAAUCAUGCUCGAAAGGAUCCCAAUAUAGUGGCUGCGAAGGAGGCUGCUAAUGCUACUGCCCGGCAAGCAACCCCCCGCAGAUCCACUCGGUUAUCCCGGUCCACCAAGCGGGAUGCCUCGGCAUUUGAGACUGUGAGGAAGCGUACGGAUCGAAUUGCGCGCGCGGCUGCAAAGGAUUCAGUGAAGAAAGGUGCUGCGAAGGCUUCGGCGAAGGAGAAGGGCGCUGCUGCAAAGGAUUCGGCGAAGAAAGGUGCUGCGAAGGCUUCGGCGAAGGAGAAGGGCGCUGCUGCAAAGGAUUCGGCGAAGAAAGGUGCUGCGAAGGCUUCGGCGAAGGAGAAGGGCGCUGCGAAGAAGGAUUGGGUGGAAAAGGGUGUAAAGCGUGGGCGAAAGGCGCGGUAA